AUAGAUAUAUUCACAACAUUUUGGUGUUACAGAGGCAUACAAAUUCAAAGAACAUUUAGCAGACUACAUAAACAAACAUCAGUCUUAUAUAUAUAUAAUAUAUAAUUUGUAUAAAUACAGUAAAAGUUUGUCUAUCUUUAUCCGCCAAUCAAUUGAUUUGGGAGAAGAAGAUGGAGCUGCAGAACACUGUCAAAGAAGCCCUAAACGCGCUGUACCAUCACCCCGACGACGCCGUUCGGAUGCAAGCUGAUCGAUGGCUUCAGGAUUUCCAGCGUACGAUUGACGCUUGGCAGGUGGCAGAUAAUUUGCUUCAUGAUACUGCUAGCAAUAUAGAAACUUUGAUUUUCUGCUCUCAGACCCUCAGAAGCAAGGUGCAACGUGAUUUUGAAGAAUUACCUUCCGAAGCUUUUCGUCCAUUACGGGUUUCUUUAAAUACCUUGCUCAAAUCAUUUCACAAAGGACCUCCUAAAGUUAGAACUCAGAUUAGCCUUGCAGUGGCUGCAUUGGCUGUCCAUGUACCAGCAGAAGACUGGGGAGAUGGUGGUAUUGUCACUUGGAUAAGAGAUGAGAUGAGUUCGCAUCCUGAAUUUAUACCAAGUUUUCUCGAACUUCUCAGAGUCUUGCCUGAGGAAGUGUUCAACUAUAAAAUAGCAGUGCGUCCUGAUAGGCGCCGCAAUUUUGAAGAUGAACUUGCUUCAGGGAUGGAGAUUGCACUUAAUGUCUUAACUGCUUGCUUGAAUGUGAAUGAACUGUCGGAGCAGGUUCUUGAGGGUUUUGCUUCUUGGCUACGGUUAAGGCAUAGGAUUCCAGCUUCAGCCCUUGCUUCACAUCCAUUAGUGCUUUCAGCUCUCUCAAGCUUGAAUAGUGAUAUACUUUCUGAGGCAGCUGUUAAUGUCAUUUCUGAAUUAAUACACUAUACAGCAGUUAGAAACCCUGAUGAAGUUGCGUCUCAGAUGCCCUUAAUUCAAGCAAUUGUCCCUCGGAUUAUGAAUCUUAAAGCUCAGCUUCGAGAUCCUUCCAAGGACGAGGAGGAUGUGAAGGCCAUUGCUCGCUUAUUUGCUGACAUGGGGGAUGCAUAUGUUGAAUUAAUAGCAAAUGGUUCUGAUGAAUCAAUGUUGAUUGUGCAAGCAUUACUUGAAGUUGCCUCACAUCCAGAAUUUGAUAUUGCUUCAAUGACCUUUAACUUCUGGCAUAGUCUUCAACUUAUGUUAAUUGAGAGGAAUUCUUAUGUAGCAUACGCUAGUGAAGCAUCUGUUGAAGCUGAGAGAUCCCGCCUGUUGCAAGUUUUCCGUUCAUCAUACGAAUCACUUGUUUCCUUGGUCAGCGUCAAAGUUGGAUAUCCCCAAGAUUAUGCAGAUCUUUCAAGAGAAGAUCAGAAAGAUUUUAAGCAGACCAGAUAUGCUGUUGCAGAUGUCCUUAUUGAUGCAGCUCUUGUCUUAGGUGGUGAUGCUACACUAAGAAUUCUUUACAUGAAGCUUGUUGAGGCUGUUAGUAACUGUGGACAAACAGAUUGGCGUCCAGCAGAAGCUGCUUUGUAUAGCAUCCGAGCAAUAUCAGAUUUCGUACCUACUGUUGACGGAGAAGUUAUGCCUCAGAUUAUGUCUUUGCUUCCAAAACUUCCUCAUCAACCACAGCUGCUACAGACAGUGUGCUUAGUCAUUGGAGCUUAUGCAAAAUGGCUUGAUGGUGCACCAAGUGGACUUUCAUUUUUGCCGCCACUCAUAGAUAUUCUUGUUAGCGGCAUGAGUAUUUCAGAGGAAACUGCAGCAGCAGCUGCUUUGGCAUUUCGUCAUAUAUGUGAUGACUGCAAGAAAAAGCUCUGUGGUUCCUUGGAUGGCCUCUUCCAGAUAUACCAAAGGGCAGUGAUUGGAGAAGGUUCCUUCAAGGUUUCUGCCGAUGACUCGUUAAAUUUAGUCGAGGCACUAAGUGUGGUUAUCACAGAACUUCCUUCAGAGCAUGCUAAGAAAGGCCUGGAGGCAUUGUGCUCACCUGCUGUCGCUCCUUUACAGGACAUCAUUAGUCAAGGUCCUGUAGUGCUCGGGCAGAGACCUGCUCGUGAUCUAACUGUUCAUAUAGAUCGACUUGCAAAUAUAUUUAGAUAUGUAAAUCAUCCGGAGGCUGUUGCUGAUGCUGUUCAAAGACUCUGGCCAAUAUUCAAAGCAAUUUUUGAUACUCGUUUGUGGGACAUGCGGACUAUGGAAUCACUUUGUCGAGCGUGCAAAAAUGCUGUGAGGACCUCUAAAACUUUUAUGGGAGUUACAGUUGGUGUAAUGCUCGAGGAGAUACAAGUAUUAUACAAACAGCAACAACAGCCUUGUUUCCUCUAUCUCUCUAGUGAAGUUAUCAAGAUAUUUGGGUCAGAUCCAUCUUGUACAAACUAUUUGAAAAUCCUGAUUGAAUCCCUAUUCAACCAUACAACGUUUAUGCUUACGAAGGCUCAGGACUUCACUGCCAGGCCCGACUUGGUAGAUGAUUGUUUCUUGUUGGCGUCGAGGUGUAUACGUUACUGUCCCCAAUUAUUUUUUCCGUCUCCUGUAUUUCCUUGUUUAGUGGAUUGUUCAAUGAUUGGCUUCACCGUACCACACAGGAAAGCCUCGAAAUCCAUAUUGAAUUUUUUAUCAGAUGUUUUCGAUGUUGCAAACACUAGCCAGGGGAAGCCUUAUGCAUCUAUACGGGACAAUAUCAUCAUCCCUAGAGGUGCUGUGCUCACCAGAAUUCUCAUAGCUGCUCUAACGGGAGCACUUCCAAGUUCUCGACUAGAAACGGUAACAUAUGCACUGUUAGCUCUUACACGAGCCUACGGUGUGAAGGCUUUAGAGUGGGCAAAGGAGAGCCUCUGCUUAAUCCCACCAAACGCUGUUACAGAGAUCGAACGGUCGAGAUUCUUGCAUGCUCUGUCUGAAGCAGCAUCUGGCGGGCCCGUUAAUGGUGUCAUGAUUCCGAUCGAAGAAUUGUCGGAGGUUUGCAGAAGAAAUGGAUCGGUUCAAGAUAUUGUUCAAGGGGCUUUGAGGCCACUUGAGGUGAACAUUGUCCCUGUAUCAUAGUGUUGAGUGACACAGAAAAGAAGGGCUUAUAUUUUUUUUCUUCGGCCCUUGUCUUUGGUUGAGGCACUUUGAUUUUUUGUAUUUAUUGCUCAUCAUUUGCCAAUUCGUAUAGGUUUGUUGCAUGGGAGAGAGGGCUUGUGUUGUUGUGUUUCACAUUGGCAGAAUAUAUGUAUAUUUUUUUUUCAUUCAUAAAUGAUAAGUACAAAUCAGUAAGAUGGUAGAAUGUUCUUGCUUGGCCAAGUUUUCGGGGCGGAAAUUUAUUUUUUAAUUUUCUAUUUUA